AAGCCUUAGAACUGAGAUUGGCCAUACGUUACUAGUGGCCACUUAAUAAAUCUGUUGCCAGAGGCUACUCUGGGUACAUAAAUUCUUGCUAAAAUUAAAUCUCUUCAUUUAAUGUGGCGCCUCUUAAUCCAGUGAACCUUAAAGUGUUUCACUAAGGGCUGGCCUAUUUAAAACUGUAAAUGUUCUUUGAGCCCUGGAAACAUCAGGCUUUGUGUACUUUGCCCAUGCGACAGGCUACCAUGGCCUAAUAGGGAAGGUGAGUCUUGUGCGAGACCAAAAGAAAAAUGUAAAAAAGAAGAUAAAAUUCAAACUCUUAGAAGUAGUAGACGUGUGGGAGCAACACUAAACACACAUACUACACACAUGCCUCUUGUUCCAAUUACUUGGGUCCUCUUUGCUCCCUUCAUAGGAAUUGUUUAACCCGUGCGGAUUAAUGUAUACAGCCUUAUUUAAUGGACAGUUCUAGGCAUGAGUGUGGGAAGAAUGUUUUUUUAACUUGCAUGGAACUUGAAGCUUUCAGGCUAGGAGAAUUCCUUCCGCUACUCUACCAGAGGUGUCAUGAGCUCAGGAAGCCAGAACACAGGCCUGAGGAUACUGCUAUGGGUUUUUGAGUAGAUUGCAUGGUAACAUGCCCAAGACGCGUUUCCCCUUCCUUAAUCUGAUCUCCAGUGCAGUCAAACUGUCUUGUAGUUUUGGUGACUUACUAAUCUGCUACUACUUUGGGAAUGAGUGGGCCCACAUUCCCUUCUCCAGCUGCUGAGAUGGCAGAAAUUAAUCGACUUCAGUAUGAAAUGGAAUACACUGAAGGCAUCAGCCAACGCAUGAGGGUCCCAGAAAAGCUAAAGGUAGCUCCACCAACUGCUAGUCUGGAACAGAGCAUCCAAGAAGGACUUCCAAAUGCAAGUGUUACAAUGCAGGUCCCAGAGAGGAUUGUAGUGGCAGGUAAUAGUGAAGACACUCCAUUUUCCAGACCACCAGAUCUUGAUCUUCUGCAAUCCACUGCAUUCAAACCUUUGGCAUUGAAAACUCCUCCUCGGGUUAUUUCACUUAGUGAGCGACCACUAGAUUUCCUGGACCUAGAAAAACCACCACCACAGACACCUCAAAAUGAAGAGGUUCGUUCAGUGGGAAGACUGAAGAGAGAACGUUCCAUGAGUGAAAACGCUGCUCGUCAAAAUGGCCAGUUGGUCAGAAAUGAUUCCAUGUGGCACAGAUCAGAUACUGUCCCAAGAAAUAAAAUGCCACGGUUCCAGUCACCCCUCUCCACUAAGGACUACACUGUGACACCAUCACUACAACAGGCUCGUGUCUGUCCUCCCAAUAUGUUACCCGAAGAUGGAACUAAUCUUUACUCUGCUCGUGGCAUUUUGUCGCUUAUCCAGACUUCCACUCGUAGGGCUUACCAGCAGGUCUUGGAUGUGCUGGAUGAAAAUCGCAGGCCAGUGUUACGUGGUGGGUCAUCUGCUACCACUUCCUCUAACCCUCAUCAUGACAACACCAGAUCUGGUCUUUCAAACUUGGACGUGACAACUGAGGGAACGCCAGAUGACAUGACAGUUGUGGAUGCUGCUUCUUUAAGAAGACAGAUAAUCAAACUCAAUCGUCGCCUACAACUUCUGGAAGAAGAAAACAAAGAGCGUGCUAAAAGAGAAAUGAUCAUGUACUCAAUUACUGUAGCUUUCUGGCUACUCAAUAGCUGGCUGUGGUUUCGGCGCUAGACACUGCUGUCCAAAAGAUUUAAUAGUUGGAAAUAUAAUCAAUUUGCAAAAUCCUUUGUUUCUGUCUUUGAAUUGUAUGCUGUUUUAUAAUCCAUGCACUGAGAACUUCCACCACAGAAAAAGGCUGUACAAUUAUAUUGUUGAGGGGACAUUCUGUUGCUCAGCUAUCUAUUGUUACCUGAUUUGUAGGAACAUAUAGUAUCUUCCCUUUGCAUGUUGCAAUGUAAAUAUGGAUUGACUCAUUUUGAAAAGAAGUUUGCUUCUCUGCUCUGUAAGGAUGGUGACCAAUGAAAAUAAUUACUGUCUCUUGUGGUUGGAAGAUAACAAAUAUAAUGGAUUUGGAACAGUAUCUUUAAAAUGCGUAUUAAUAAAAGUAUUAGGUUUCUAUUG